CAUGUUCCACCGUCAGAAUCAUUGCUCAGUUUCAAUCCAUCAGUCGCGGAAGAAACACAGUUUUCCUGUUUCGAGUGCUAUAAUGUGCUGGUUACGCGCCGUAUCACUAAUAAGUGUAAUUUUUUUAGCCUGUACCAACGGAGGACAGCCAUCCUACAAGAGUCAGCCAAUACAAAGAAAGCCCGAAUACAAAUGCAUUGAGAGCAAUCUGCAGUACGACUGUGUGUUCUACGAUGUGCACAUUGAUAUGCAAACGCGAAAUGUACGCUUUGGUUUUGAGGAUGACACGCUAAACAACCAGAAAAAUAUUACCUUCAAAAACUCUACCAUGCGCAAACUGCCCGCUGCUUUACUCGCCUCCUUCCGCCAGGUUGAGUUGCUCGAUCUGAACGGCCUGCAGAUAGAGGAGAUCGAUACGUACGCGUUCGCUUACGCGCACACAAUACAGAAGCUGUCGAUGUCGAACAACAACCUGGAGCGCAUCGAAGACGACACUUUCCAAGCGACUACAGCGCUUCAAAAUCUUCAACUGUCCAGCAACAGGCUUACGCAUGUUGACCUUUCUCUCAUUCCCAGUCUCUUCCACGUCAACGUCAGUUACAACCUGCUCUCAACGCUUGCCAUACCGAUCGCGGUCGAAGAGCUAGACGCAUCGCACAAUCGCAUCAACGCCGUACGCGGACCCGUCAACGUGGAGUUGACCAUUCUGAAGAUGCAACACAACAACUUGACUGACACUGCUUGGCUGCUGAAUUAUCCCAGACUGAUCGAGGUGAAUCUUUCCAACAACGAGUUGGAGAAAAUAACGUACCACCACUUUGUCAGCAUGCAGCGCUUGGAGCGGCUGUACGUCUCCAACAACCGCCUUGUGGUGCUCAAUCUUUACCGACCCAUCCCAACGCUCAAAGUGCUCGAUCUGUCGCACAACCAUUUGAUGUGGGUGGAACAUAAUCAGGCACAGUUUGAUAAGCUUCAGUACCUUUAUCUCGACCACAACUCCAUCGUGACGCUUAAGCUUAGCACCAGUCAUACGCUAAAGAAUCUUACACUAUCGCAUAAUGACUGGGAUUGUAACAGUUUACGUGCACUUUUCAUAAACGUAGCCCGACCUGCAGUAGACGAUGCUGACCAGUACUGCAAGAUCGACUAUCACCUUGAGCAUGGUCUUUGCUGCAAAGAAAGUGACAAGCCGUAUCUGGACCGGCUAUUACAGUACAUUGCCCUGACGAGCGUGGUGGAGAAGGUGCAGCGUGCACAAGGACGCUGCAGUGCCACAGAUACCAUCAACAGCGUGCAAAGUCUGUCCCACUACAUCACACAACAGGGUGGUGUGCCACUGCAGGGUAACGAACAGCUCGAGGCUGAAGUCAACGAGCUGAGAGCUGAGGUGCAGCAGCUAACCAACGAGCAGAUACAACAGGAGCAGCUGCUGCAGGGGCUACACGCCGAGAUCGAUACCAAUCUGCGACGGUACCGCCUGCCCAAGGAUGGACUAGCGCGCCCGAGCGAAAAUCUUAAUAAAGUGUUCACCCAUCUGAAGGAGCGGCACGCGUUUAAGUUGCGUGAAACUCAGGCACGCCGUACGGAGGCGGAUGCUAAGCAGGAGGAAACGGAGGACCUGGAACAGGAAAACAUUGCACUCGAGCGGCAGUUGGAUAAUAAGAAUACAAUGCAGAUUCUGUUGAGACAGCAGACGUUGCUGAAGCGUCAAAAAAUAAAGCAAUUACUCGCAAAGCUCAGCAAGCACAGACCCAUCUAGGGCGGUUCGACUGUACCAUACUUGGAGAUACUUCUCCUUCGGCAAACACACAAGAUUCGUCGUUUUUCUUAAUGCAGUACAAAGAUGGAUCAAGAUUAUUGUUUUGAAAGUGGUUAUGAAAUAAAAGGACUUUGAACUUA